AUGAGUAGUAGAGAUGACGACGAUUCUUUGAAGUCAUCGAGUAGUGAGGACGGGGAUGAUGAUGAUAUGUCGGAGCUAGAGGAAGUUCUUGCCACAGAGGAGGGAGGAGGAGGACAGGGUGGUGAUGGAGAUGAUGGUGAUCCACAGAUUCUUAGAGCGCGGAUUCAGAGUCUAGAGGACGAGACUUUGCAAAACGUGGAAGAUGUCUCCUUUACAAUUAGCUUGGGAAGGUGUUAUUGCCUUAUGAAUUUGCACGGCAAGUUCAAAGAAAAACUGUUUCUUUCAGAAUUGAUUUGGGUAAACGUGGCUGUUGCCAGCGGUGAAUGCAGAGUUAACACUACUUCUGAUCAACAAAAUGGCUGUAGUGAGUCUAAGAAUAGGGGACUGAUAAGAAAAGUUGGGUUAAAUAUAAAAAAAGCUAUAAUGGCCUGGUGCAGAAAGAUAUUGGAUGUGGGAGUAGAAGAUCCAAGAAGGAUUAUACAUGCUAUGAAAGUUGGACUGGCACUGUCAGUGGUUUCUCUUGUAUGUCUUUUGGAUCCAUUAUUCCGAGGGGUGGGAGUUGGAGAUAAUGCGAUUUGGGCAGUGAUCACAGUUGUUGUCGUUCUGGAAUUCUCUGCAGGGGCUACCAUGAGCAAAGGAUUAAAUAGAGGGAUUGGAACCGCGGUGGCUGGGUCUCUAGCCUUUCUUGUUUGUUACUUGUCAGAGCAAGUAGCGCAAGGAGAGGCCGUUGUAGUCGGAUCUUCUCUCUUCAUCAUAGGCGCAGCUUCCACAUAUGCUCGAUUCUUCCCUUUUAUCAAAAUAAAAUUUGAUUAUGGAGUUGUGAUAUUCCUGCUGACAUUCAGCAUGAUAACAGUUUCUGGAUACCGAAUGCACAAUAUAUUCCGAAUGGCAUAUGAACGCCUCACCACCAUACUCAUCGGAUGUGGUGUGUGCCUGGUCGUAAGUCUACUGCUUUUCCCCAUCUGGGCUGGCGAGGAUCUUCACAAUUCGACUGUCAGGAAAUUGCAAGGCCUCAUGGAAUCUCUUGAAGGAUGCGUAGAUGAAUAUUUUAGUGGUCGCCAAGAAGACAAGGUCGAAGAUGAAUCGGAAGAUCCCAUAUACCAAGGAUACAAGUCUGUGUUAGACUCAAAGGCCACCGACGACUCUUUGGCGGCAUUUGCUAGCUGGGAGCCAAGACAUGGCCGGUUUCGAUACCGGCACCCAUGGAAGCAGUAUGUGAAAGUAGGAGUGAAGCUUCGUUACUUGACGUAUUCUAUUGUGGCCUUGCAUGGAUGCCUUCGAUCCGCGAUCGAGACCCCUCAUUCCCUUCGUUCAGUAUUGAAGAAGCCAUGCAACAGGGUCGGCCAGGAAGCAGCAAAAUUACUGGGAGAGCUGUCGAGCAGCAUCCAACAGAUGAGAAGAUGCGAUUGGGAGUCAAUUAUGAAGGAACUGCAACUCGCAUUAAAGGAUCUGCAGGUUGCCUUGCAUGCUCAACCAAAGCUGUUACUACAUUCAACAAGAGUAGUGCCUAUGGAGAAAAUCUCUGAGGAUGAAAGCAGAGAAGCACAAGAUAACGAAAAAGGUGGGAUGGCGGUGAGAAGAUUCAUGUCAUGGCAUGGAGAAAGUGGUAAGACAGAGACACAGAAGAGAUUAUUAUCUGGAGACAGUGUUGAAUUUGCUGAAGCGCUACCUUUGGCUACGUUUGCAUGGACACUGGUGGAGAUUGUAGCGAGGCUUCAUCAUGUGGCAGAGGCGGUGGAAGAGCUUGCUACAAUGGCAAAUUUCAAGCCUUACACUCCUUCCUCAAAACAAGAAACUCUAAACAUAACUUCCCCUCGUCCCCCUAAUAAUACCCCGAGACGCAGCUUUGGAAGAACACCAGAAAUAUACAUACCGAGCAGUAUUACUGAUUGAUUUUUUUUUCUGAAGUUUAUACUCUUUACCUGCAUUCAUGCCGUCGGUCUACGAUUUUCAG